AGCCGCGGAAGAGAUUGUUUCCUUGGCUACGCCACAGGAAAGCGAAGGGCCGGUCCUUUCCGUUUGCGCAUCGGCGGCGCUGCGAGCGGCAGGCUGCGAGCGGCGAGGAUGGGGCUGAGCCGGGCCUAGCGGGGCGGCGGGCAGAUGCUGCCAUGAGCGGAGCUGCUAGUGGUGAGGGGGGGAGCGGGGACCCCGCAGCCCGCUGGGGCAGAUGGAAGCUGCUGGCCCUGGGCCUUCUCUCCGCCUCUUCGGUGCUGGCAGCCGCCCCGGGCGCUGGAGCCAUGAGCAGGGAGGAAAAGCGCCGGCUCGGGAGUCAAGUGUUAGAAAUGUUUGAUCAUGCUUAUAGCAAUUACAUGGAACAUGCCUACCCAGCUGAUGAACUCAUGCCUUUAACUUGCCGUGGACGGGUUCGGGGUCAGGAACCAAGUCGUGGGGAUGUAGACGAUGCCUUGGGAAAGUUUUCACUGACACUGAUUGAUACCUUGGACACUCUUGUGGUGUUAAAUAAAACCAAAGAGUUUGAAGAUGCUGUAAAAAAUGUGAUAAAAGAUGUUAAUUUAGAUAAUGACAUAGUUGUAUCAGUGUUUGAAACUAAUAUAAGAGUCCUUGGAGGUCUUUUAGGUGGGCACUCAGUGGCAAUUAUGCUGAAAGAAAAAGGUGAAUACAUGCAGUGGUACAGUGGUGAACUUCUGCACAUGGCAAAACAACUGGGCUACAAACUUUUACCUGCUUUUAACACUACUAGCGGUCUCCCUUAUCCAAGAGUUAAUUUAAAAUUUGGUUUAAGAAGUCCAGAAGCUCGAACAGGAACAGAGACUGAUACCUGUACGGCUUGUGCAGGUACCUUGAUACUUGAGUUUGCUGCUUUAAGCCGAUUCACAGGAACAUCAAUAUUUGAGGAAUAUGCACGGAAGGCGCUUGAUUUUCUUUGGGAAAAAAGACAACGCAACAGUAAUUUAGUGGGAGUUACCAUUAAUAUACAUACUGGAGACUGGGUCCGCAAAGAUAGUGGAGUUGGAGCAGGAAUAGACUCGUAUUAUGAAUAUUUAUUAAAAGCCUAUGUCUUGCUUGGAGAUGACCGUUUCCUGGAAAGAUUUAACACACACUAUGAUGCCAUAAUGAGGUACAUUAGUCAACCACCUCUUCUGCUUGAUGUUCAUAUUCACAAACCAAUGCUAAAUGCUCGGACCUGGAUGGAUUCUUUGCUUGCAUUCUUCCCAGGCUUGCAGGUAUUGAAAGGUGACAUUAGACCUGCUAUUGAAACUCAUGAGAUGUUAUAUCAGGUGAUAAAAAAGCAUAACUUUCUUCCUGAGGCUUUCACAACAGACUUCAGGGUUCACUGGGCUCAGCACCCUUUAAGACCAGAAUUUGCAGAAAGCACCUAUUUCUUGUAUAAAGCUACUGGGGACCCUUACUACCUAGAAGUAGGAAAAACGCUCAUUGAAAAUUUAAACAAAUAUGCUAGAGUACCCUGUGGAUUUGCUGCAAUGAAGGACGUUCGUACUGGAAGCCAUGAGGACAGAAUGGAUUCUUUCUUCCUGGCUGAGAUGUUUAAAUACCUUUACCUGCUCUUUGCUGACAAGGAAGACAUGGUUUUUGAUAUAGAAGAUUAUAUUUUCACUACAGAGGCUCAUCUAUUGCCCCUUUGGCUCUCUACUACAAACCAAACAAUGUCUAAGAAAAAUACAACAACGGAAUACACGGAGCUGGAUGACAGUAACUUUGAGUGGACAUGUCCGAACACGCAGAUUCUCUUCCCAAAUGACCCUAUGUAUGCUCAGAGUAUCCGUGAACCUUUGAAAAAUGUGGUGGAUAAGAGCUGUCCUAGGGGCGUUGCCAGAGUAGAAGAGAGUUUUGGGAGUGGACCAAAACCGCCACUGAGAGCCAGGGAUUUCAUGGCCAGUAACCCUGAGCAUUUGGAGAUACUGAAGAAGAUGGGAGUCAGUUUGAUUCACCUCAAAGAUGGAAGAGUACAAUUAGUGCAGCACGCAAUUCAAGCAGCAAGUUCACUUGAUGCUGAAGAUGGUUUGCGAUUCAUGCAGGAAAUGAUUGAACUAUCCAGUCAGCAACAAAAAGAGCAGCAGCUACCCCCACGUGCUGUUCAAAUUGUUUCCCACCCAUUCUUUGGCAGAGUAGUAUUGACAGCCGGGCCAGCACAGUUUGGAAUGGACCUAUCCAAACACAACGUAGGGACAAGAGGAUUUGUUGCAACCAGUAAACCUUACAGUGGAUGCUCGGAGAUCACUAAUCCUGAAGCAGUGAAGGAGAAAAUUGCUUUGAUGCAGAGAGGCCAGUGCAUGUUUGCUGAAAAGGCACGAAACAUCCAAAAAGCUGGAGCAAUAGGGGGCAUUGUUAUUGAUGACAAUGAGGGAAGCAGCAGCGACACUGCUCCUCUAUUCCAGAUGGCUGGUGACGGAAAGAAUACAGACGACAUCAAAAUCCCCAUGCUCUUCCUGUUUAACAAAGAAGGAAAUAUUAUACUUGAUGCAAUCAGAGAAUAUGAGUCUGUAGAAGUGCUUCUCUCUGAUAAAGCAAAAGACAGAGCAACAAUAUUUAAAGAUCUGGAAAUGGAAAACAUGGACCAGAAGUCAUCUGAAAAUGAUUCACAUAAGCAGAGACCAGAAGAGACUUCAGCAUCUCAGGACCUCCGCUUGGUCAGUCAAGAGCCUGAAGGAGAAGAAAGUUCUGAUGUUACUCACCUUGAUUCAUUAUCUCCUGUUGAUGCAGACAGUGAUAGCAUUUCCAUUUCAAACCAAGAGUUCUGUAUUACAGAAAUCCAUGAGGCUAAUGUUCAAGAGACAGAAAGUACAGAAUUAGAUAACCAGCCUCAGGAACAAUCUCAGACUGAGACAGAUUCCAGCUCCAAUGUUAAUUGGGAUAAUAAAGUCCAGCCUAUGGAAUCCAUAUUAGCAGAUUGGAAUGAAGAUAUAGAAGCAUUUGAAAUGAUGGAAAAGGAUGAACUAUGACUUCUAAUAACUUAUUUGUGGAUAAACAAAAUGGUAAAUUUGUUGGGUAAAAAUGAGGCCCGAAUAUUUAAGAAUCAGAAAUUGUUCAGUAUUGUGAUGAGCAACCAGGUUUCAUCUGGAUAAUAUAAUAGAAACCCAGCACAUGUUAUAAUUUAUAUAGUUUUAAUUUUUCCUGUUUUGAAAUGGGAAUGUGCAAUUGAACUGUUUGUAUGGCUCUGUUGCGUGGUGCUGUAAUACAGAAGGUUUCAUUCAGGGAAUUAAUCAGAUUUCUGCAUUCCAGGCCUCCGGGGAGCAGAUUGUCUUGGCCUCUGGAAAGGUAGAAGUUGAAUGUAAUGGGAUUAAUGCACCACUUGUUGGCUGGUUAUGGCACUUGAAGGCAACAGUCAGAGGCUAUUCUAGUUGAAGGUGCAGUUUCACUGAUAAAGGCCUUUAUGGAGAGAGAGGUGAAAUGGUGAGACAUUUCCAGCUGUAAUGUCUUUAAGAAACAGCUCAGUUUGUCCUCACAUUUAUAUCCCAGUAAGAUAUAGCUGUGUUGCUCAUCACUUCUUCCAUCUGUUGUUUUGACAAAUGACCAAGAUGACUUGGAUUUUUCCUCCUCUUCUCUUAUUUCAACUAGAGCGGCUGUAUAAAACAAAGGUAACAUGCUCUACUAGGAAGCUGUUUUAGGAAAAUUAAGAAAGCUUUGCUAAUUAGAGGACUAGUACAUAAAGGUUCACAGUGAUUAUGAAGAUUGUUACUUUAAUUCAAGUAAAUUGGGCAAAACACAUUUUAUACGAUUUUUCCUUUUUGGCCUUCCAUGCUUAAAGUUAUCAAGCUUAAAACUACUCUAAGACACAGAACUUAGCAUUAUUAUUGUUCUCUGAAAAUAGAUACUCAAUAGAUGAGAAUUUCAAUGACCAUUUCUGUUUUCUCUAGAAGAAAUACCUCUGUCAGCCUUACAUUUGUAACACUUGGGCAAGAAGGCCAGUAUCAAUAGUGAAGCACAACUGUUUACCUUUUGCUGUUGGGUCCAUAAUUCAGAAUUUAGUGGUGUGAAGUCAAAGAUAUGAUACUUCUGGGAGGGGAGAGAUGUUAAUACAGGUAAGCAUGGUUCCUAAUUUAUCAUGUUUUUGGAAGUAUCCUCUAAUUAAACCACAAGUCUGUUUAAGCAAACCAGAAGCAGUUAGCUUAAUUGUGUCCAAAUUAAAACUGCCAAAAUUCUAGUUUAAGUUGAUAUAUAGACACAGGUUUUCGUUAAUUAUGGUUCAAUUCAGUAUUUAAUCUGUUUUUUUCCUUUUCAGAGAGAGACUUAACAUUGCCUAUAUCAUGCACCAGAUUAAAACUGAAAGUUUUUGUAUUUAUAUAUAAUCUUUAUACUGGCAGACAGAUGUAUCCCUGUCUGAAGUGCACCUUUCGUUUUACUGGUGAGAUUAAAAUGUACCGAAUAUGCAAAUACCAAUCAGUACAGCCAUACUGUAUUGUACUUAUGUAUAUUCACAUACGGUUUCAAGUCCCAGACAAAUGUUGUAUACAUGUAAUCUGAUAAUGACACUUGCUCUCAAAAGUAUCAAAUGCACACGUACCUUUGAGAGCAUGUUACUAUACAGAAAUUGAAUGACAAUUUAACUGAAUAGAGGUGUAGUUAACUUUGAGAUAGUGAAGCAGUAGGGAACUAGUGAAUAAGUGUCCUUUUAAAACGUCGUUUUAAUUUCUUUGCACAAAUAACUAUGGAGGUUUGGGUUUAAUAUAUUGGUACAGUGCUGAAGCUUAAUACUUCGUCAUUUUAGACUGAGGGACUAAUUUUACAGGAUGGGAUUAUUCCUCAAAAUCUUUGAAGUGUCCUUUGUAACUUGGGUGCCCAGCUCAUGCAACUGAGGCAUGCCUGGUAUGGCCACAGAAUCCAUUGACUUCAGUGCGUGUUUUACUGGGCAAAAGGUGAUGUGGCUGCAAGUGGCCAGUUGCACCAUAGGGUGAUGUAGUUCAGAAAUCCUAACUCUAAAAAGGAGUUAAAUAUUUCCAAACAUCUGAACCUAGUGCCACUAAUGAAGGUUUUUAUUCUAACUCUACUGGAUGUAGGCUAUGCUAGUAAAAGCUGCACAGGUUCUGUCUCACUCCAUUUAGGUAUUUUUAAGGAUUGUAACUAAAGUGGUUCUCUGGUCAUUAUAUUAGCAAAAGGUUUGUCAGAUUAAAUUUUAAUAUGACAGCUCAAGUUUUCAGUUCCUUCCUGCAGAAAGUGAUUUAAUUUUUAGCUCUAAAAUUUGUCUUUAGAAACAUUAUUAGAGCAUCAACUUCUGUCACCACAAGGUAAUCUUUUAUGACUGACUAACCUUACGUUAAGUGUAAACACCGGCACGGCAGUUCUGAAACAAGCACAUUCCAUCCUUUGAAGUGAGGGCUUGUUAAGAGAAUCCCUUGAUAUAAUUUUUGAAGCACCUAGAAAGUGGUGGUCUACCUCAGAUAAAUGUUGUUGUCCCCUUUUUUGAGAUAAUUUAACUUUACCUUUUUAAGUGAUUAUGACCGCUGUAGAUCCAUGGUUUACAGAACUGAAUCAGGUAAAGUUGACCUUUUGGGAAAGAAAAGGAUAAAUUAGGGGACAAUUUUAUUCAGGUUUUUUCACUGUUUCUUUCCUAACAAAGAUGGAAAUAGACUUUAGUUUUAACCUCUUUAUAUCACUCUAAAAUUAAAAUAAUUUUCUGUAACAUGUUAAUGCCAUUUUAAAAAGAAAAAGGAAUGUGUGAUGGAACAGAAGAUACUUCUGGAGAGGGGAGUAGGGUGCACUUUGCAAAUUUUUAAAAACUUUCAUUGUGCUUAGAGAAUAUUGUUCUUGCAUCACUGUCAGUCAAUAUCAUGUGUAUGAUUGUGCUAUUUGAUUAACUAGAACACUGAAGAGUUUAGGACUAGUACAUCUUAUUCCCUAAUGUAAUUCAAAGAAGCCAAUUUAAUAUUUCCUUUGAUGUUAAAGGACUAUUCUCUAUUUACACUUACUGUUUCAUAAUGAAGUUUUAAAAUAAGAUGAGCAUUGGUUUCUCCUCCUGCUCCCGCUGUGGUUUUAGCUGAAGGCUUAUCUGUAGUCAGUGAAACCAUGUGUGUCGAGAUUGUAGUAAAUGUUAACAGGACACCUUAUGCAAAGGCUUCAGUCAGAACAUAGAAAAAACAUUCUGUGAAUGAAAUAUUGUAUGUUCAGAUUUUAUAGGAUUUUUUACCGGCCCAAUUUACAUCUGUAUAUUUUCUUAUGCUGUAACUUAUGAAAUAUCUAAUAACAGGUGCUGUAAUACUACUGUUGGGUUUUACUGUCUGGUGAUAAGUGUAUACAAUAUUUCUAAGAGCAACUAUGUACUGUGAUGUAAAGUCUGGGCUAAAAUGUAUAUAAUCCUUGUAUAUAAUUGUGUACUGGAUUAUAAUGGCUGAUUGUAAAGAUUUAAUAAAAUAUGUAAAUAUUCUGGUCAAA